AUGGCCACUCCAGUCAACGAAAAGUCGCAGUACGACGACUUUCCUCAAGAGAAGAACACCGACCAAAAGUCGAUCGACGUUGUCGAAACCGAAGAGGAAUAUGAAUACGUCCACGAGACACACCAGUUCACCUGGCGUGCUGCCAUUGUCGGCUCCAUUCUCGGAUGUGUCGUCGCUGCCAGUAACCUGUACUUGGGUCUCAAGAUCGGUUGGACCUUCGGCGCUGCCCUCUGGGGUUCCAUCUUCGGUUUCUUGAUUCUGAAGGCUAUGGCCAGGGUCACCGGCACCGUAUUUGGUCCCAAGGAAAACGUCGUCUGCCAGGCGGCUGCCACCUCUGCUGGUGGUCUCUCCAGUGGUUUCGUUACUGCCAUCCCAGCCAUGUACCGCAUGGGCCUCAUGGGCGAGAACACCCCCAAGGAUGAUGUCGUCUCUCUGUUGCUCUGGACCGGUUGCGCUGCCUUCUUCGGCAUGUUCUUUGCCGUCCCUCUCCGCUCGCACUUUGUCAUCAACCAGAACUUGGUCUUCCCCACCCCACGCGCCGCCGCCGAGACCAUCAAGAGCUUGCACAGGGCGGGAUCUGCUGCUGCGAAGGAUGCGCGUGACUCUGGUUUCGCCAUGAUCACUUCCUUCUGCACCGCCAUGUUCUGGGCCAUCAUCGGUUUCUUCAUCCCCGGAAUCUUUGGAGCGAUCCAUAUCCUGUACUACAUCGGUAAGGCUGCAGGAUCCACCAAGGUCAUGAACGCGGACGCCAUCUGGCAGUGGAACUUCACCUGGGACUGGGCAUUCUUUGGAGCCGGUCUCAUGACCCCCGGUAGCACCGUCUUCUCCUUCCUGUUGGGAGAGUUGAUCGCUUUCGGUAUUGCUGGGCCUCUGAUGACUGAUGCCGGCUACUUGACUGGUCGCGCCGGAUUCAAGCAGCCUCUCCCACCUGCCGUCGGCUCUGCCCAAUCCUGGUUUCUCUGGCCUGGUGUCGGUAUGAUGGUCUUUACAGCCUUCUCCGAGUUGGGUGUUCGCGGCCCUGCUUUGUACCAUGGCAUCAAAGGCGGUGUUCUGGAGUGUCGCAACAUGAUCCGCAAGUGGCAAAAGAAGGCCGCCUUGGUUAACAACUCUGAUUACGUUUCUAAGGACACGACUCCUGAACAUGAGUUGAUCCCCACAUCCUGGUGGAUUGGAGGCCUGCUUGUCUCGGGCUUGCUCACUGUUUUGGUCAUGUACUUUAACUUCCAUGUCCCCGUCUAUGCCACCAUCGGAGCCAUCAUCAUCUCGUUCCUCCUGGCCUUUGUGGGUCUUCAAGCUUCUGGUGAGACCGAUAUCAACCCCACGGGUGCUGUCGCCAAGGUCACCCAGCUCGUCUUCUCUCGCAUCCCCAACGUCGAUAUCAAGGUCGUCCAGAAGACCAACUUGAUGUGUGCCAACAUUGCUGCCUCGGUCUGCUCACAGUCUGUCGACAUGGUCGGUGAUCUCAAGACGGCCCAUCUCGUCGGCGCAUCACCCCGUGCUAUGUUCUUGGGUCAGUCGAUCGGCUCUGUGUUCGCUAUCGCUGUGGCCAUCCCCCUGUUCUUGCUCUAUACCCAGGCCUACCCAUGCGUUCUCAACCAGGACAUUCCCAACUGCCCAUUUGCUGUUCCUGCUGUCACUGCCUGGCAGAGCGUCGCCUUGCUAUUGACGGGCGAGGGCAAGAUCCCUCGCGAGUCCAUGAUCUUGACGUUCGUGUGCUGCGCUCUCGGUGUCAUCAACGUCGUGAUCCGCCACAAGUUCGUUCCCGAUCGUCUGAAGCCCUACUGGAUCAAUUUGAACGCCGUCGGUCUCGGAUUCAUCAGCCCUACGCCCGCGAUCCCCGUAGCUAUGCUGGUCGGCUGGACUGCCGGUGAGAUGUGGAAGCGUUGGGGUAUCCGGUCGCAUGAGCGUUUGAUGUACUCUGUCUCGGCUGGAUUGAUUGCAGGUGUCGGUAUUGCGGGUUUGAUCAACGCUGCGAUGACGAUCGGUGGAUUGAAGGGAGCAGAUAUCCUGGCUGGAUGCGGUGAUGAAAACGAGCUGUGCUAA